AAAUACGGAGCCUUCCACGAGGAAGCUGAGCUGGUGUGUAAUGAUAGGGCAGCAGCCGCGGCUGCAGCUAACUGACUGCCCCUGGAGCCGGUGCCACACAGGUGCUCCGAGGAGCAAGAGGAGUAAUUAUAGAGCCAGCGAAGGCUGAAACACACCUCUGAGUUCUCACCUGUGGACACAAUAGUGUAGAGCCAGUUGGUGAUAGCAAAGGGGAAGCCACGACCGAACAGUGAUCAGUCACCUCUAGAGAAACAAGUUGAAAGGGUUUUUUUUGUUUUGUUUUGUUUUUCCCCUCUGUUUUCUUUUUCAUCCCCCUCCUCUGGUGUGACACUGCCAUGGUCAGAAAGCCAGUUGUGGCCACCAUCUCCAAAGGAGGUUACCUGCAGGGCAAUAUGAGCGGGAGGCUGCCCUCCAUGGGGGACCAAGAGCCACCUGGGCAGGAGAAGGUAGUUCUGAAAAAGAAGAUCACUUUGCUGAGGGGGGUCUCCAUCAUCAUCGGCACCGUCAUCGGAUCAGGCAUCUUCAUCUCCCCCAAGGGCAUACUCCAGAACACGGGCAGCGUGGGCAUGUCCCUGGUUUUCUGGUCUGCCUGUGGAGUACUGUCACUUUUUGGAGCCCUGUCCUAUGCAGAAUUAGGUACGAGCAUAAAGAAAUCUGGUGGUCAUUACACAUACAUUCUGGAGGUCUUUGGUCCUUUGCUGGCUUUUGUUCGAGUCUGGGUGGAACUGCUUGUAAUACGCCCUGGAGCUACUGCUGUGAUAUCCCUGGCAUUUGGACGCUACAUCCUGGAACCAUUUUUUAUUCAAUGUGAAAUUCCUGAACUUGCAAUCAAGCUCGUAACAGCUGUGGGCAUCACUGUGGUGAUGGUCCUAAAUAGCACGAGUGUCAGCUGGAGUGCCCGGAUCCAGAUUUUCCUAACCUUUUGCAAGCUCACAGCAAUUCUGAUAAUUAUAGUCCCUGGAGUUAUACAGCUAAUUAAAGGGCAAACACAUCACUUUAAAGAUGCAUUUUCAGGAAGAGAUACAAAUCUAAUGGGGUUGCCCUUGGCUUUUUAUUAUGGGAUGUAUGCAUAUGCUGGCUGGUUUUACCUCAACUUUAUUACUGAAGAAGUAGAUAACCCUGAAAAAACCAUCCCCCUUGCAAUCUGCAUCUCCAUGGCUAUCAUCACAGUGGGCUACGUACUGACAAACGUGGCCUAUUUUACCACCAUCAGUGCGGAGGAGCUGCUGCAGUCCAGCGCUGUGGCGGUGACCUUCUCUGAGCGGCUGCUAGGAAAAUUCUCAUUAGCAGUCCCGAUCUUUGUUGCCCUCUCCUGCUUCGGCUCCAUGAACGGUGGUGUGUUCGCUGUCUCCAGGUUAUUCUACGUCGCAUCUCGAGAAGGGCACCUUCCGGAAAUCCUCUCUAUGAUUCAUGUCCACAAGCACACUCCUUUGCCAGCUGUUAUUGUUUUGCAUCCUCUGACGAUGGUGAUGCUCUUCUCCGGAGACCUCUAUAGUCUUCUAAAUUUCCUCAGUUUUGCCAGGUGGCUUUUUAUGGGGCUGGCAGUCGCAGGACUGAUUUAUCUUCGGUACAAACGCCCAGAUAUGCAUCGUCCUUUCAAGGUGCCUCUCUUCAUCCCAGCACUAUUUUCCUUCACCUGCCUCUUCAUGGUUGUCCUCUCUCUUUACUCGGACCCAUUCAGCACCGGGGUCGGCUUCCUUAUCACCUUGACUGGAGUCCCUGCAUAUUAUCUCUUCAUUGUAUGGGACAAGAAACCCAAGUGGUUCAGACGAUUAUCAGACAGAAUAACCAGAACAUUACAGAUUAUACUAGAAGUUGUACCAGAAGACUCUAAAGAAUUAUGAACUUAAUGCAUCAAAAGCUUGGCCAUCUGCCCAGGAUUGAGAUACAAAAUGGAUUUUUAUUUCAAGAAAGCACAACGUUGAUGAUGGACUAAAGGAAUCAGUUAUCUCUAUUCAUAUCCUCUAGCGUAUUCAAAUUAAUUUCUGAGCAACUUACUGGUAACUCCAUGUAUUUGUAGCAAGCUAAUAUGCAAGUCAUACAGUGAGGCAAGCUCACAAUUCUUGAGUCUAGUGCCUAUCUGCUGGGGGGAAAGGAAAAAAAACCUAAGGGCUUUGGUACCUGGGCUAUCAUUCCUCUACCAUGUUUUUUAUCAUGACUGAGAACCUUGAAUAGAAGACCAAAAUGGUUUCUGUAUAUAUGAGGUCUAUAAACAUAGCUUUACUUACUGGGGACAUCUAUACUGUGAAAGUAUUUUGUUUUUUAUUUUUCUGAAAAAAAUGUCAUUAUUGUAGCAAAGAAGGUAGAAUGAAUUUGAUAUUGACCUUGGAUUCUUUUCCCUUAGUGAUCAACAUUGCUGUCACUUAUCUUUCAAUGGCUUAUACUCAGAGCAUAAGAACAAAAGAUGUGGGAGUAGUGUGUGUGUGUGUGUGUGUGUGUGUGUGUGUGUGUAUGUAGCUUGAGAUCAAAUUCAGGGCUUUACAAAAGCCAGACAAGCACUCUACCAUUGAAAUACAUCUAUACCCUAAUUUUCUUAAAUGCCUAAAACAAGUAUUUCCAGGGGUUAGUAUUUAUGACACAAUCCUAGGAUCUAUGUUUGUACUAAAAACAUUGAGAACUUGUUAGGUUAACUUCAUCAUCACUCAUUGUCAGGAAGCUUGGUGUUUGCAACAUCACUGUGCAUUCAUUGUGGUUUGUUUUUUUCCUGAAAAUGUGUACAGUUUGGUAUGCUAUCCAUUGUCCACCUCUUUGAUAAUGUACUUCUUGGUGGACAAAAAUGUUUUCCUCAUCACAGUACAACAUCAGCAUGGGAGACAUUGCCCACAAAACUCCAAGUAUUGGGCUUUCUCUUUAUGAGCCCCAUUCAUAUGCAGUGUUAGUAAUUACUCACUUUUACUUUUUUCUUUGUGGCUGUUUUCACCUGGGGAUGAGUUUUUGACAGUGUGUGCAUUCUCUUUACAGUUCUGUUAAAAUAUGCCUCUGGUUAAAACUAUCUGGAUCAAUUAGGAAAAGUGCAGAUUUACAUAAAAACUAUGAACGAAAUGCCACUGCUUUGUGAAAAUCUAGGCUGUUUCAAUCAUUUCUUCACUUUGGUUAUAAUUCAAUUUGCAAAAGAGGGAGCUGUGACCAAACCCAUUGAAGGAGAGUCUUCAGUAAUGUUGUUCAGCUAGCUCCAUAUGUUAAAUCAGAGUUAGAAAACAGUAGCCAUAUUCAAAUGGUAUCAAUGUAAUGGUGGGAUUUUCAAAAUAUUUUUCCUAACAUCCAAAAAUUAAAUGCUCAGCAUAGGCACAGUUAAUUUAAUCUCUUAUAUUCUGACCACGUAAAAACAAAAUGUUUUAAAAAAUUAUCCUGAACUGGGCAUUGGCCAGGUCACCACCAAGUGCCACAGUGGGAGGCUGGUAGUUAAUGCCAACCUUGAAGCCAGUGGGGCACCAAUCUACAAACUGGAUGCUGCACUUGGUCUGGAUGGUGGCAAUGGCAGCAUUGACUCUUUGGGAACCACAUCACCACAGUACAGCAGGCAGCAAGCCAUGUAUUUACCAUGGCGGGGGUCAUAUUUCACCAUCUGGUUGGCUGGCUCAAAGCAGGCAUUGGUGAUCUCUGCUACAGAAAGCUGCUCAUGGUAGGCUUUCUCAGCAGAGAUGAAAGGCAUAAGUGGCCAGAGGGAAGUGGAUACGAGGGUAGGGUACCAGGUUGGUCUGGAAUUCUGUCAGAUCAACAUUUAGGGCCCAUAAUCAAGGGCGAGCCACUCCAUCAGCAGGGAGGUGAAGCCAGAGCCAGUUCCCCCGCCAAAGCUGUGGAAAACCAAGAAGCCCUGGAGAUCCGUGCACUGGUCAGCCAGCUUGUGAAUCCUGUCCAGGACAAGGCCAAUGAUCUCCUUGCCAAUGGUGUAGUGGCCACGGGCAUAGCAUCCUCCUUGCCUGUGAUGAGCUCUGCUCAGGGUGGAAGAGCGAACUUCAUCAAUGACUGUGGGUUUCAGGUCUGCAAACACUGCCCGGGGAACAUGCUUGCCAUCUCCUGUCUCACUGAAGAAGGUGUUGAAGGAGUCAUCUCCUCCCCCAGUGGUCUUGUCACUUGGCAUCUGACCAUCAGGCUGGAUCUUCCAGCAGGCAUUGCUGAUCUGGACACCAGCCUGGACAACGUGGAUGGAGAUGCACUCACGCAUGAUAUCAAUGGGUUAGAGGGCUAGGGUGAGAGAGAGAAGCAGACACUGGGUGUCAGUUACCAUUCCCGACAACUAAGAGUCGAGGUAAGUAACGCAAUGAGGCCAUAAAACAGGUUUUUAAUUCAGGAAUACUCCUGCACACUUGUAAUGUGUGUUUUUAUACAAAGUAAAUGUUUCUCAUAUUUUAGAUUUAUAUAUGUAUAUACACAUGCAAUUACAUGGGUCAAUGUUUGUGCUGAUGCACAUAUUUGAAUGUUUAUAUAAAACCAUGAUUUGAGUACUAUAACACCAAGUUAAAUGCAGCCCAAACAGUUUAAAAUAUACAAUACUCUAUUUUCAAAUAUUCUUCGUUUAGUAUACAAAGCAUCUAACAUGUAACUUUUAAAGCAUCUCAUAAAGAUUUCCAAUGAUUAGAUGCAAUUUUAUUCUCCUCGCAUGAUUAUAAAUAUUUCCGUUGACUGAUAUUCUUAUAGCACUACUUUAUCUCUUCUUUAAAGCACUAGGUUCUCCCCUUUGAUUUCAAGUGGCUCUUGGAAAUGGUUGGCUCUGCUCAGCAGACAGCAGGUCCUGCUCUUGUCUUUUAUCAGGAGAUUGAACAUUUCUCGUAGUAAACAUGGCGGGGUCCAGGUCCAUUUGUGAGGUCAUGAGUGUCCACCCACAGUCUGUGCAUGUUUGCUCCCCAGCCCUGCGGGUACAGGAUCAGGACAGCUGAUAGGGUUAUUUCUCUGUGCUCUGCAGAUACUAUAACACUAAAAUAUGCAUAUAGGAACAUUUUGCCUUUCAGAUUGCCUUAUGUGUCUGCUUAAAUUGCUUUCUUAAUUGCCAUUUGAACAGCAACAGAUGGUUACCAUGAGUGCAACUCUUUACUAGACGUCAUAGUAAGUUGAGAUCAGCCUUUGGGAAUUCCCUGUUUCAUCUCAAUUUACAGGUGAAUGGGAUGCUAAGAAAGCCUGCUUCUCUCCCUUUUUUAAAUAUUCUAUAACUGAGGUGUGAAAAGACAACCCAAGGUCCCUACCACAUUUUACCAUCAUGCCACAAAGAAGGGAAAUUUUAAUGCUUGUCUCUUGAUUGUAAAUGAGCACCUUGAGAACCUAAUGAGGCAGGCAUUUGGGUGCAUCUAAUGCACCUAAGCUCCUUCCAAGACCCCAUCCCUAGCACUCACUUGCAAAGAUUUUAUAUUUUUAAAAGACCAGGGAUUGGGGCUAAAGAGGUGGUUUGGCUUGAAGAACACUUAACACCUUUACAGAGAACCCAUAUGGCAGCUAUCACCAUGGGUAACUACAGUUCCAGGGGACCCAGUGCCCUCUUGUAUGUACAGGCAUGCACAUAGUGCACAUAUAUCCAUGCAGACAAAACACUCCUAUAUAUUAAAUAUAUGUGAAAAACUUUUAAAGACAAGGAAAAGUACAUAGACUUUGGACACUGUAAUAUCUAUAUUUUCUUUGUGAAUAAGGUAAAAUUAGUCCCCAUUAUUUUUCCAUUAGAAGUAAUCAUAGAAUAUUUGUAAAACACAUGUUAAAUAUGUAAAGUCCAUGUUAAUUGAAAUAUACACAUAAAAACCACUAGUGGCUGUCUCAUAAGUUCUAUGUGAUACAGAAGUCAGUGAUGUCAACUGGGUUAAGUCGUGAAUAGUAGAAAAGAAAUGAAUGAGGUUUUAUUUGUAGUUUUUUUUUUCUUUCCUUAUUUUUGGAGAGAAAUACAUUUGAGAUUUCAAUGGAGAUGACUCAAGAAACUUUAUUUUAUUUGAAUAUCAUUGGCUUCCUGAGGUGCUCUGUGUCGGUGCUGAUAGAAUGCAGGUGAUCUCUUAUGUCCCUAAACAUUCAGGCUGAGAAUUAGGUCAUGGCACUGUGUAAUGGCAAGGAGAUUAUAGAGAAGGUCGCAAGUCAUUUGCAUAGUUUCUGUUUACAUUAUGUAUGGAUAAAAGAAUGAUUGCCUGCAUAUGUAGUUUAGCUAAAUUUCCCCACAAACAGUAUUUCCAAAGUCCAUUCUCAAUAUAUUUGACAGCUGGAAAGUGUGACCUCUAAGUAGGCCUCUGAUUGCUAAUAUUAAACUUUAAAGUAGAUGAUUUAAUAGCCAAUUUUACAAACAAUCUUUUAUUUUAUUGAAUUUUCCAAUUAUUUGGUAUCUAAAAAUAAAUGAUCUGUCCCUAUUGUGUCACAUAACUGGUGCAAAUGCACAUGUUAUGGGCACAUAGGAAGCUCACCUGUUCAUUUUAUGAGGCCAUGUCCUUCUUUAUCAACUUAUGAUGACACUGUUGCUUGUUUCUUUUUUUUUUUUAUCAUUUCUGUUCUAUUUACAUAAAAGAACAGCUCGCUGUAUCUCAGUUUUUGAUAUUAUGCCUUCAAGAUGGUAGCUAUAGAAAGACUCACUUCCUAAGAUUUUCUUAGUGAAAAGAUCUGUUCCUCCCUUUUCUUCCUUAUUUCCAGUUGACUUGAAAUGCAGAGGGUGGUUUCAGCCUGCAGACAACUCCCUGCUACUUGGUGUGUGUAUUUCAGUCUGUUUAGAUCAGAGGUCCUUUUGCCCUGUCAAUCCCCACCUGCACAGUUUUAUAGACAAUACUUUUAAAGACCCAGUUACUCAUUAUGCAUCUGAGAGCCCUGUGGCUGGCAGAGACAAUGCAAAAGGAAGCGCAUUCCCCCCCCCCGCCCCCCAACACACACUAGCAUACACACUACAGAUUUUUAGAGUGAAUGGAUUACUGUUUAGAGGACCUGCUUGCUACAUCCUUACUACCUCUUGAUGAAGCCACUAAGAGCAGUGUUGAAGGCUGGGGAGAGAAAGAGAAGACUAAUGCUCAGUUAUCUCCUUCACAGCGAUAACUGGGUUCUGAGCGCUUUGUGUGAUGGGGUUUUCACAGCAUCUUGUGGGAAAAUGUGUUAGGUCUUUGGAUGGAUAAGUGGGUGGUGGUGGUCACACCUUACUUAAGGGUCUUACUAAUGACCCCUAAUAACCAUAGACUCAGAUCUACAGUCAUAUCCUACCAGGAGACAAGACAUUGUGGGUUCCUACUCCUAAAAUUGGAAGGAUCUUGUUUCAAAGAAUUUAGGAAUUAUUCUAUGCCUAUAAUCUCUCUGUCACUCUAUGUACUAAAUAAUAUAAUGUUAUCUUAGAGUAGAAGAGUACUUUGAGUAAAUAAAAGAAAAACAUUAUUUACAAUGAAUGAAAGUUUAUAGCAGGAAAAAUUACAUUAAAUAGCUUAGUAUUAUAAUGAUUUCAGAUCACUAGCAUUUUUUUUAAAUCUAAGACCAAAACAUUCUGUUUCAUCAUACCUAUAUUUUUCUAUAUCUCUGGAUGUAUAUCACAGCGUCUACUUCACAAGCCACCAAAAUUCUUUUAUGAAUCUGAGCAACCUAACCAUCUUCUUGGAGAAACUUGUCAGACAAUAGUUUUAUCUGAGAAUUUCAUUAUUGCUGCUGCUGUUAAAAAAAAAAUGCAACCAAAAUUUUAACUAGGUUCUUCUUGGUACUAUGUUUGUUCAGAGAGUUUUGCCCUUAGGAAGCUUCUAGAAUCAGCAGCAACCACAGUAUAUACUUUACUUCAAAGCUUGCAUAUUUUAGACACAGGUGCGGACCCUGAAUUUCUGUUUCUAUUAGUGAGUUUCAGUACAGUGGUAAUGAGGGUCAGUAGUUUUCAACAAGUGGGAAUUUUGCAACAAUAAGUAUCAGGUAUGUUUUCUAUUUGGGCUGCACAAGAUAAAACAAAACAAAACAAAACAAACUAGGUAGUUAAAUGUCUCACUAAUGCUGUGCAGGAUGCUGGGACAACUUAAUUUGUCUUCCCUCUCUGGUAAGACUUGAACCCUGAAUUUCAUAGCAUGUAAUUCUUGCUGUGUAGUGAGAAUUACAUGGUAGUCAUGCACUGGGAAAGGAAGAUUUUAGUUAUUAAUUCAGAACUCAGUCCAAUCAUCUUUAUUUUAACAUAUCUGUAUUUACUUCAUUAAAAUGUGAGUUUGUAAGUUUUAUCUAAAUAUUUAGCCUACUAAUUUUUUUACUUUUGCCAUCUAGGAGUAGAAAAAAUUCAUAGAUGUGCUGGUAUGUUCAUAGUAAUGUAUCAGGAACUUUAUAUAAAUGUACUUAGCUUUGCUUUCAUUCUUCUGCAAACAUCAUUAACUGGUUCUGGUGGAAUCACUUUAGCCCAGUGGUAGUCAGUUUAAUCUUAUGAUUAUCUUCACAGCUGUCCUUUGAUCUGUGCUCCAGAUAUAUUUUACAAACUUGCUAAGCUCUGUGUUGGAUCUAGACUGUGUUUCUGAUGACCUUAGAACAUUCUCCAUGUAGGAGCAUGGCCACCUUUGUUCUGGUGAUCUCAAUACAGGAUUGGAAACACACUGCCUACACAAAAAUGGUACCCUGUGUUCUCUGCGUUCCUCAUGACUGGCUAAGUUCUUUACCAUGGCAUUGCGAUGCUGAACCUUGGGGAAGGUGAUGGCUGUAUUUUGUACAAAUGGUGAAUACUUAAAAGGGCAAGGUGGUUUUGAUACACAGAUGCUGAGUGAUGAGUUGUGAGCACUGCAGAGAGAUGUAUCUUUGAAUUCCUUGGCAUGAGUGUACAAACGUGUGAUGUGUGAGAUAAAGCAGGUUCUAUAGCUAAGUGAGCUCCCUCUUGGGAGAGUGCUGCUGCAACAAACUCAUUGCUAGAUGGUAUUUGUGGGCUAUUUGUAGGACUGGGAAAGCACAGUGGAACAAAUGUACUUCCCGAUGGGAAUUCUUGUUCAUCUUUUUGUAUGGAUGCAUUGGUGCAGUAUGAUGUCACAAAAAUUUGCAUUGUUGAAUUACAUUUCAGUUGAGUUUGCGGAGCUGGCCACUUGUUAAUGCUUCUAGCUGCUUCUCUAUAUGUCUGUCUUUAUAUAUUUUUACUUGAAAAUACUUCAAAUGGACAUUUGAAUAAAUAUUUCAUAGUUUACAUAUUAAGCAUCAUGUUUCUUUUUUAAAAUAAAUACUGCUUUAAGCUGAA